AUGGUUGCAGCUCCUUUCUUACGCAGCUUUCCCCAGGCGCGGCCUUUUGGUGCCAGAGCUCUUAAUGCUGCUAGACACCUGGGAUUGGGUUCGAGACAACCCCGAAACUCCAACAGAAUCUGUCUCUUCCAGGAUCAUGGCCAAUUGAAAAUUUUCUCCACGUCUACGGUUAGAUGGCAGGAGAAGAUACUUGACCGAACCAGGAACAUCGGUAUCAUCGCCCACAUCGAUGCGGGCAAGACAACCACCACCGAGCGCAUGCUCUAUUACAGUGGCUUCACGAGGAGGAUCGGCGACGUAGACGAGGGCUCUACGGUCACGGACUUUCUACCUGCUGAGCGUGCGCGAGGAAUUACCAUUCAAUCGGCGGCCAUUACGUUCCACUGGCCGCCGACUGCUGGGGAUGAGCAGGCUGCAAGCCAGCAGGAAGUGCAAAGUCCCAGGUCUGCAGCAUCACAUACCAUGAAUUUAAUCGACACACCGGGGCAUGCGGAUUUUACGUUUGAAGUUCUGCGAUCCCUGCGUAUUCUGGAUGGUGCAGUGUGUAUCUUAGAUGGGGUUGCGGGCGUUGAGGCACAGACGGAGCAAGUCUGGCACCAGGCCAGCACGUAUCGCAUACCGCGAAUUAUCUAUGUCAACAAGCUUGAUAGAGACGGUGCUGCCUUUGGACGCACGGUCCGAGAGGUAGGCUCCCGACUGAGAGCCUUCCCUGCGGUGUGCCAGAUUCCGUGGUUCGAAGGCGGGAAUGGCCGCUUUGUUGGUGUUGCGGAUGCUAUUAAUCUACAGGGUCUAAGAUGGCAAGAAGGAGACGGCAAGGUAGUGAAGAUGCUGAGCCUGGAGCAGCUGGACGCCGAGGAAGCCCAGCUAGGGAAGGAGCUACGACGUGCCCGGAUUGCGCUCGUGGAAUUGCUCAGCGAGCAUGACGAGACGAUGGUGGAGAAGUUCUUGGAAUACGAUGAGGACCAUCUUGCGGUCCCUCCCCACGACAUUAUCGAGAGCUUACGCCGCUGUCUUCUCGAAGAGCAAAGCAGCAAUAUUGUUCCGGUGUUUGCAGGCGCGAGCUUUCGGAAUAUUGGCGUCCAGCCUCUGCUCGAUGCGGUGGUGAACCUCCUUCCCAGCCCUCCCGAGGCCCCAGACCCGGAAGUGAGCAUCGGCGGUGUCAGAGGGGGUCUUCAGCGCCUGCUUUCUGGUGAUCUCCUUGUAGAGCAGAAGGAGCAGGCUGCGUUGUCAAAGGGCAAGCACAAGAAGAAAUCCACCGCACACGCCGACUCCCGCAAUGUGAUGAAGAAUCUACAAGGCUGCGCUCUAGCCUUCAAGGUGGUCAACGACCCUAAGCGAGGAGUCCUAGUGUAUGUCCGUGUGUACUCCGGGUCUCUGGACCGAAACAGCAUUCUGUUCAAUACCAAUCUGCAUGUCUCCGAGCGGGCGCCGCGCCUGCUCAAGAUGUACGCCAACGACGCGGUGGAAGUAGACUCGAUUCCGGAGGGACAUAUCGGCGUCGUGGUGGGCCUCAAGCACGCCCGUACCGGCGACACACUCGUCUCGUACGCGGGCAACAAAGUGACGCCGCCUGAACCACUCGAUACCCUCCAGCUGCGGCCUAUCGACGUACCGCCUCCCGUCUUCUUCGCCGGCGUCGAGCCGCACAGCCUCAGCGAGGAGAAGAAGCUGCAGGAGUCUCUCGCGCUCCUCCUACGGGAAGACCCUAGUCUCCAUGUGACCGUUGACGAGGACUCUGGGCAGACUCUCCUGAGCGGCAUGGGCGAGCUCCAUCUGGAGAUUGCGCGCGAUCGCCUGAUCAACGACCUCAAGGCCAAAGCCUCCAUGGGCCGCAUUGAGAUCGGCUACCGCGAGACCCCGCUCGGCGCCUCCCCCGCCAUCACCAAGAUCUUCGACAAGGAGAUCGCCGGCCGCAAGGGCAAAGCUGGCUGCACGGUCACAGUAGAGCCUUUCAACGCGGACACCGCGAGCGCACCCGACCCUAGCGCGCUCUCCGUCACAACCCACGACGGCAACCAGAUCAUCAUCCUCGCCCCGAGCCUCCAGGUCGAGCAAACCAAGAAAGGCACCGAGGAAAGCCCCCUCCUGCCCCCGGGCCUCGAUAUGCCCGCCCUCCGCUCAGCCCUCCACAACGGCUGCCUCGCGGCCCUCGCCCGCGGCCCCCAGUUCACCUUCCCCAUGCACAACACCCGCGUCACUCUUACCCUCGACCCAGCCACCCACCUCUUCGGAACAGACACCACGCCCUCCGCUCUCUCCGCCGCAGCCCGCCUCGCCACCUCCGCCGCGCUCCGCGACCUCGUGAACCCCGCCGCAUCCGCGACCCCAUCCGCCGGCACCGCGCUCAUGGAACCCGUCAUGAACGUCAUCAUCAGCAUCGACGAAGCCAGCCUCGGCGCCGUGGUCCACGACAUCUCCGCCGCCCGCGGCGGCCACAUCGUCUCCCUCGACGACGCGGCCCCGCUCCCCUCCACCGACCUGGCCUCCUCGCCCACCGCCCCCGAGGACCUCCCCGCCAUCGACACCAGCCGCAUCUACGCGCCCCCGGACCCCUUCGAGACGCCCUCCGUCGGCGCCGCGAUGCCCGUCUCCGCAGUCCGCCCGCGCACCAUCACUGCUAAGGUCCCGCUGAAGGAAAUGGUCGGGUAUCUCAAGCAUCUGCGCAGUCUGAGCGCGGGACGAGGCACGUUCGUCAUGAGCGUGGAUCGGUUCGAGGUCAUGAGUGCGCCGCGGCAGAAGGCCGUGCUGGCGGAGUUGAGAGGGGAUUAUUACUAA